AUGAGACCAACUUCUCGGUAAAGACCGGGAUCUUUAACAAAUCGAUAUUAAACACCUUAAAGAACACCAUAAAGAUUUUGUAAGGAGGUAUAUUUUUAAAGAAAAUUAAAACAUUUUACUUUUGAUUUAAGUACAUCUUUAGUAAAUGAUUGUAUUCCUAUAAAAAAAUAGUUGAAACCUGCAAUUCAUAUUUAACAACUUGGAAAUCGGAUAAAAAAAUUUGCUUAUUUACCUUUACAUUUAUUUGAAGAUAGUUCUUUUGAUAGAUUUACUAAUCAAGAUUUAUUUUUGAAAAUUUAAAGAUCAGGAUCAAUAUCUGCUUUUAUUUUGAAUUUUCAAAAUGAAUUUGUAGAAGGUAAGAUUAUUGAUUACAAUAAUGAAACCUAAAUGUUCAAUUAUUAGAGUGGAGAUGUAAUAGGUGAAAUUUAAAGACUUUAUUUUGUUUGUGAUUUUGAAAAUGUUAAACUUUAUGUAUAAAAGUUUGAAAAGGCUUUGAAUGAUAGAGAAACAAUGGAUAGUGUACUAAGAUAUAAUUAUUAUCUUGAUAAUAUGUAGACUUAAGAUAUUCCAGAAUUACCAUAAGAUAAGAUUAAGAGAAUAUAAAAAUUGAUAGGAAAAGUUGAAUAGAAUCAUGUAAUAUAAAUAAAUGCUCAUUAUAAGAGAGUUUAGAAUGAAAUGCAAUUAAAUUAAUAUUUAAAAUAAAAUAAAGAUGUGAUGAAUUUAAAAAUAGCAUUAAAAGAAUAAAUAAAUAAAACACCAAAGUUUGGUAAGAUUUAAUUAAAAUUGGAUGAAACAAUGAUAAUUCAUAAAGAUUUUAUUGAUUAUCAACCAUUUUCAUUUGAAUUGGCAAAAAAGUAAUUCUAAGAAUCUUCUCUUUUCGUUUUACCUGAAUUGAUUAAAUCAUUUUUCCAUACAAAUGAAUUGAACAAAUCCAUAAGUUCACUUGAAUUACUUUAUUGGAAUAAGAAACCUUACUCAAUUUUAUAAUUAAAAGAAAAGUAGGAUCAAUUAGUAAGUCGUUAAUUUAAAGUAAUAUCAAAAUGGAGUGAAAGAACUAAAAAUAUAAUGAAAGACGGUAUUUAAGAAUUAGAAUUAAAAGGUAUAAUUUUAUAAGAGAAUCGAUUGAAAAGAAUAAUAUAAGUGAUUAGAAUAAAACAAUAAUAAUCUUUGUCUAAACUUAUUUUUGAUAAUAUCAUAAACUUUAGAUAAAAUUUUACUCAAAAUAAUUCAAGUUUGUUUUAAAUAUCAGUUGGAUAUUUUGGUGGAUUUUAAUAUUCUUUUGAUGUAUUAGAGAUUACAAAUAUUUAUUGCAAUAGUUUAGCAAAUUAAUUAUUAGAAUUAAGUAAAAUAAGAGAUCCAGAAUGCAUUUUAAAUAUAUCAGAUCUUAUGUAUUUAUAAUGUAUUUCUUACACAGACUAAAAGAUAUAAGAUUUUGUUGAGGAAUUAAGAAUUGCAAUAUAAGGAAUUAAUUACAAAUUAAUUGAACAUUUGAAAAAAUAUUUGAAAUAUUAAUAUAUUUUUGAAUGGAAAUUGGAAGAUUUUAUAAAAGAUUGUAGUUCAAAUGAAAAUACUUUAGAUUUAAAAUAAUUUAAGGAAUAAAUAUUAAAAUUAUAAUUGUUAUAAAUAUAAUUAACAAAGGAAAUUGCUCCAACAGAUUGGGUAACCAUUUUUAUAAUAGAUAAUACACAUCUAUUAUUUUAAAUUAAUUAACUUUUAGAAAAAAAUAUAUAUUAAAUGAUGGAAUAUAUUGCAACAUUGGCAAAUAAUUAAUUAAAAGAGACUACAUUAUAGUUUUAGAAACUAUUGUUAUUAAUAAAGAAAUAAAAUAAUGAAAUUAUUGGUUUAGAGAAUCAGAGAAACUUUUUAAAUCAUGGAGUUGUUGAUCAUAUUAAUCAAUUAAAUGAAAAUAUAGGAUUAACACUUAAGAUUUAUGAAACUUUAGAUGAAUUAUCAUUUAUAAGUAGUUCUGAGUAGAUGAAAGAAAGAUGGAAUCUAUUAUCAUAUGUCAAUAUAUGUAAAUAAUAGAUAAGUGAGAGUUUAGAAGAGAUAAUGGAGAAGAGAAUUUAAUAAAAAUAUGAUUUUUAGUAAGAGUUAUUACAUUUUAAAUAUACAAUUGAUGAUUAAGAAAGGAAAAUAAAUAAUUUUAUAAAGAAUUUUAGUGUGAAUUAAACAAAUGAUUCUACAUUUAUGAAAGAAUUACAAGAUUUAAAAUAAUAAUCAAUUUUAAUGAAUUAAUAUGAAACUAUAUUUAAUUUAUAAUAGAGUAAUUUUGGAAAGAUUGAUUUUAUUAUUCAAUAAUUGUAACCUUUAGAGAAUUUAUAAAGAUUGAUGAAGAAAUGGAAAGAUAAUACUUGGUUACAAAUGAAAUUAAAUGAAUUGAAUACUAAAGAAAUAUAGGAAUUCACAUAAAAUAGUUUAAUUGAUUUAAAAGAGAUAUUAACAUUUUCAACUGAAAAGUAGAUGACAUAAAUUACUUAAUUAACUUACGAUUUAUUAAAUGAGAUAAGAGAAUUUAGUCCUCAUUUACCAUUAAUAUUAGCAUUAACUGAAAUUGGAAUGAGACAAAGACAUUGGGAUCAAUUAAAUAUAUUGAUUUCUUAGUAAGUAGAUUAUGCAAAUAAAACUUUAUAAGAAUUAUUAAAUCUUUUUGGAUAAGAAUUAAGAUAAUAAGUUAUAGAAAUUAGUAUUAUUGCUAAAUAAGAAUUAAUUGUAGAAUAGACAUAUCUAUAAUUAUGUAAUGAUUUCCACAAUUUAACUGCUUAAAUUAUUAAACCAAGAAUUUAAAUGUAGAAUGUUUAUUUUAAUAAAUUAAUUAAUCUAAAUUAUUUAUUAUAGAUAUUAGAUGACUCUUUAUGUUCAUUAAGUAUACUUUUGUAAUCCAAAUAUCAUUAACCUUGGAAAUAACAAUUACUCUAAUUAGAGAAUCAAAUGAUAUAUACGUAAACUUUGGUGUAAUAAUUUGAUUAAAUGUAAUAAUUAUUUUAUUACAUUCAUCCAGUGUUUAUGCAAAAUGAUUUAUAAAAGUAAUUACCUAUUGAGGUUACCAGAUUUAAAAGUGUUGAAAAGUUUUGGAAAAUAUCCACCAAUGAAUUUUCAGGAUAAUAGAUAUACAAAUAUAAAAAUAAUUAAAUUGAAGAGUAAAUACACAAAUUAUAAAUGAUUGAAAAAUCAUUAACUAAUUAUAUUGAUAAAAAAAGAGAAAUUUUUUAAAGAUUUCAUUUCUUAUCUAAUUAAUAAAUUUUACUUAUUCAAAGCAAAGCUACAUAACCUAAUGAUUUUAUAGAUUAAAUAUUCUUAUUUAAUAAGGUUGAAUUAAGUGAAGAUGGGAUUACUUAAUUAUAAAUACAAAAUAAAUUUGGAAAAAUUAUUGAAAAAUUAAAUAUAGACACUAUUAAUAUUUAUUCCAAAAAUGUAGAAGAUUGGUUACAUGAUUUAAUUCUUGUUAUGAAAAAAACAUUAAAAAAUUAAACUAUUAAAACAUCCUAAACCAAGUAAAUCAAAAUUCUUAUGGAAAAAAUAGAAUGGACAUAUCAUUUAGAUAAUUAAUUUAAAGAUUACUAAAAGGAAUAAAAUUAUAAAUAUUAAAAAUUAUCACUAAUAAGUCCUGAUAGUUUUGAAUAUUAGGUUCAAUUAAAAUAUUAUUUGAAUGAAUAUCAAUAGAUUAUAAUUAGAUUCUUACAUUAUAAUUUUGAAUAUGAUUAUGAAUUCUUGUAAGAAAGUGAAAUAUUCAUUGAAACUCCUCAAACUGAUCGAUGUUUUGCUAAUAUGGCAUUUGCUAUUAGUUCUUAAUAUGGAUCUUUUUUGUAUGGAAAUAGUGGUAAAAUUGAGACAAUAAAAUAAUUUAGUAAUUGCUUAGGAAAGUAUUUUAUUGUAAUGAAUGCAGAAUUGAGCAAUUAUUAAAUACUUACCAAUCUUUGUAAAGGAGUAAGUGCAACUGGGUCCUUCUUUGCUUUAACUAAAUGUUCUGAAGUAUGUGUUUAAAUUAGUAAAUUAGAUGAAAUAAGAUUUAUUAUCCAUUUUUGUUCAGUUAGUUAAAGUAUUAUACUUUGCGAUUCGAAAUUCUCUGCAAUAAAUAGAAUUGGAAGGUUCCACGAUUAAAGUUGAUCCAACUUUCUCUUUCUUCUUGAUAGGAAGUACAAAAAAUACAGUAAAUUGUGAAAUAAGAUAUUAUUUCAGACCAAUAUAUUUCUAAAAAAUAGAUAUGACAGUUUAUAUUGAUUGCUUAUGUUAACAUUAUGAGUUUAAUGACUCUGUGACAUAAUUAAAAUAGUUUAUUUAUCUUUAUCAAUCUAUAAAGAAGUGCGAUAUAUCAAUGCUUAAGAUUUAAUAAAUCAUUCAAUAAGCUAAAUAAGAUGGAAUGUAUUUAAGUUUAUAGAGAAACUUCCAAGAACCAGAGUUUUAAGAAAUUAUUCAUUCUAUCUGGCCAAAAUAAGAAUAAAGCAAACCUUAAUUGAAAGAAUUGCUUUAAAAUAAUAGUUAUGUUUUAUUGUUUGGAGAAUCUUUAACAGGUAAAUCAUUUUAAAUAAGUUAAUUGUCUAAUUAUUAUAAGAUUUAUUUGUCUUCUUAUCCAAUUACACAUUUCUUUGGAUCUUUUGAAAAUGAAGGUAUAAUUGCAUAAAUAUUAAAUAAUAUUGGAAAUAAAAUUCUUGUGAUUGAUAGUGAAUUAGAUGAUAAAUUGAUUGAAUUCUUUCUCCCAUUAAUUUUGUUUUAAUAAAUUAGAUUUCCUAAUGGGAAGUCUUUGUAAUUAAAUAAUUAAAUUAUUUUUGAAACUCCAACAAUUUCUAAUAUUUCACCAAAUGUUGUAUCUAAACUUGCAACAUUAUAUUUAAAUGAAAAUGCUAUUGAAAUUCCAAAAUAUGCUUAACAUUUUUGUAGUUUAGCUGGUAUGUAUAAAAGUCCAAUAAAUAAAAAAUAAUAGAUAUAUAUUUAUUAAUAAAUCUUAAAAAAGAUUGAAGGAUAAAGUACAUCUGAAUUUGAGUCUGUUUUUGCAGCAACAUGGGCAUUUGGAUCUGCAUUAUCAGAUGAAAAAAGAAUAUUACUUAAUAGACACAUAAAAGAAAUUUGGAUGUAAUAAGAUAAUAAGAGUGUAGAUCCAUUAAUAUAUGAAAAUUUAUUUGAUUACAUUCUUGAAGGAGGUGAAUUAGUUUUAAAUGAAAAAUAAAAUCAAUUAAUAAAAUUAUUAGAAUUAAUUCCCCAUUUAAUUUUAUAUGGUAAAUCUGGAUCUGGAAAAAGUUUUUAAUUAUAAAACCCAUUUAAAGUUAAUUUAAAUGUGAAAAGUUAUGAUAUUUAAAACUUUUUAUAAAGUAAAUUGAUUAAAAAAAGAAAUGGCGUAUAUUCUAUAGGGAGAGUAUAUAUAGAUGAUAUUCAUUUAUUAAAUAACAAUUCAAUUGAAUUUUUAAGAGAAUUAAGUGAUAAUUAAGGUUAUUAGAAUGUAAAAUUAAUGGAUUUAUAAUUAAUUUUGACAUCCUCUAAUAUUUAAGAACAUAGAAUCCUUAAAUAUUUUGUAACAUAUUUUUGUGAACCUUUAUCAAAUUAAACUAUAUUUUAAAUACUUUAAUAAUAGUCAAUAAUAAAUAGUGAAGAAUUAAUGUCUAUUUAUAAACAUGCACAUUAAUUUUUUAUAAAAUAAUCAAGACGAUUAUAAAUAACUUGUUGGGAUAUUUGGAGAUCUAUAUAAAACAUUGAGAAUAAUCCCACUUAAAUUUUAAUGUAGUCUAUAUAUAAUAGAAUAGAUGAUGAUAAUAUUAAAAUAACUUGGGUUAAUUAAUAAAAAAUGUUUAAAAUAAAAGAAUUGCAAGAUCAUAAUAAAUAUGAAAUGAAUGGAUUAAUUUCAUAUUAAGAAAAUAGUGAUAUUCUAAAAUAUUUAAUAAAAUUGAUAAGCAAUUUUCCAAUAAAUAAUAAAUUAAUAAUUUAUGGUCCUUUAGGAGUAGGUAAGAAAACUCUUUGUAAAUUGGCUUGUUAGAUUACAAAAUACAAUUAUGUAAAUGAAUUGAAUAAUGAUUGUUAAGAGAAUUCAAUAUUAAUAUUGGAUAAUCCUCAUAUAAAAGAAAUAAGUUAAUUAGUAAAUUAAAAGAAUAAUAUGAUUUUAAUUAUGAGUACAGAAUACUUAGAAAAAUGUAUAAGUAAAUGUGAGUUUAUUUAUAAGUUUUAAUUUUUGUAUUUAGGGAAUUGGCCAGAAGAGGCAUUUUAAAAUAAUGAGAUAGGGAAUAUAAUUUAUAAAUACAUGAAAGAUUAAAAUCAUUAUGCAAUAUCUCCUGAAUAUUUUGUAAGAUAUUAUGAAUUGUAAGAGAAAUUACAAAAUGAGAAGUAAGAGAAUUUGAAAAUGAGAAUUACUUAAUUAUCUAAUGGUUUAUAAUUAUUGUAUUCUGCUUAAUAAUAGAUAAAUUUAAUGAAUAAUAAAUUAAAUCAAAUUAGACCCAUUUUAGAAUAGGCUGUAAAAGAUACUUAAGAAAUAGUAACAGUACUUUAAGAAGAAUAGAAAAGGUCAUAAGGAAUCAGAGAUUAAGUAAUGGAGGAUGAGUAAAUUGCUGAAUAAGAAUAAAAUAAAGCUACUCUAUUAUAAGAAACAUGUUAAUAGAAAGUAUAAAAGGUUAAUGCGGAAUUAGAGUAAACUCUUUAAGAAGUAUAAAAGUUAAAAAAAGAACAUUUAGUAGAAAUUAAAUCUCUUAUAUAACCAACAAGAGCUAUUAAAAUAAUUCUUGGAGGUGCUGUUAUAUUAUUAUCAGAUCAUAUGAAAUAUACAGGAAAUCAAGAUGAUUAUUUUGAAAUUGCUAAAAAAUAUUUAUUAAAUGAUGUUAAAGAAUUAUUAGAUACACUAAGAAAUUAUAAUAAAGAUUAAAUUAAAUAACAUAUGAUUUAAUAAUUGGAAUCUAAAAUUGUAAAUGAUCCAGAUUUUACAUUAGAAAGAGCCAAAUAAAGUAGUUUAGCAGUUAAAUAUUUAUACAGUUGGGUUAAAGCCAUUUAUGAUUAUCAUAAAGUCUAUCUAGAAACAUAACCAUUAAGAGAUGAAUUAGAAGAAAGUUAUAAAAGUUUAAAAGAGAAAACUUUUAAUUUAGAAUAGAAAAAGAAAGAAGUUUAAGAAAUUAAUUUAAAACUAGAACAAUGUGAAUUUUAAGUGAAAGAAAAAUAAAAUAUAAAGAUUUAAUUGGAACAACAAAUUGAAGAAUGUUAAACUAAAAUAAAAAGAUCUUUAAAGUUGAUUGAAGGAUUUAAAGAUGAAUAAAAGAGAUGGACUGCUGUUAUUUAUUAAUUAAAAGGUGAAUAAACUAGAAAUGAAGGAGAUAGCAUUAUUGCUACAACUAUACUUAUAUAUGGUGGUCCUUUGGUGAAAGAACAAAGAAAUUAAAUGUACAUCUACUUAUAUAAGAUUUUAAGAGAUGCAGAUGUUAAAUAUUCUGAAAAAUGUACUUUAAAUUAGUAUUUUAAUGAAGAAAAUGAUACUUUUAAUCAAGAAAAUGCUAAUAUUCUAUAAUAUUAAUAUAAACCAGUUAUUUUAAUAGAUCCUCAAAAUAUAGGUAGAUAAUAUAUUACAGAAAAAUAUCACUUUAAAGUGUUGAAUGACCCAAAAAAAAUUCAAAAUUAUAUAUAAUUGAAAUAACAAUUUUUUAUUGAUGUUACUGAUAAUCUUUAAUUAUUAUAUUAGGAUAAGAAGAUGAUUCAUAUAACUCAUUAAUAGAAUGCAAAAUUUGAAGAUGAAAUUUAUAUUAAUUAUUAGAUUAUCAAUUAUACAAUAACAUCGGAUGCUUUAGUUGAGAAAUUACUUAAGUGUUUAAUAGAGAUUGAAAAUCCAUCUUUAGAAUUAAAAAAGUAACACAAUCUAGAUUUAUGUAAUCAGGAUAAAAAGUAAUUGACAUAAAUAGAGAAUCAAAUAUUGAUUACUCUUUAAAAUUAGAAAUCAAUAGAAGAAUUGUUAAUUAAUGAGAUAAUGAUUAAUCAAUUACAUAAUUCUAAAUAAUUAUAUGAAGAGACAAUCAAGAAAGUUGAUAUGGCUAAGAGACUAAAUGAAGACAUUGAUCUAAGUAGAGAUUAAUAUAGGUUAUUAGCUUAAUAGAUUUCUAUGGUUUUUAUAAAUAUUUUAAAUUUACAAAAGAUGAAUCCAAUUUAUCAAUAUAGUUUAGAUUGGUUUUUGAAAUAACUCAUUAAUCAUAGCAGUAAAAUUUAGAGACAACAUGAUAUAGCAUUAAAUAUUUAAUAAAUAAAGCAAGAGUUUUAUAAAGGAAUUAUCAAUUAAGUUAGUUAAUUGCUUAAUGAGUAAGACAGAUUAAUAUUUUGUUUCUCAAUUUCUCUUGAUAUUUUACUAUCUAAAGGUUUAAUUACUUAGGAGGAAUUUAAUGUAUUUUUGAGCCUUUAAAAUCCAAAUUUACCUUCUUAAUUCAAACUUGGUUGUAAUCCUUGUAUAUUUAUUGAUGAUAGUGAAUGGCCAUCAAUAAAACCUAAAUUAUAUUAAAUUAACAAACUCUAAGUAUUCUAAGGAAUUCUAGAAACAAUUGAAGAUCAUCCAAAUUAAUUUAAGUCUUUGUACCUGCAUUAAACAUUUUCAAAUGAAUAAUAGAAAUUAACUGCAUUUUAAAAAUUGUUAUUAACAUUUGCAUUCAGACCAGAUAAAGUAAUUCCAAUGAUGAUUAACAUAAUUGAAUAAUAAUUAUAAUUAAGAUACUAAAGUUUGAAUAUAAAAAUUAGUGAAAUAUAAUUUGAUAGUAAGACUCCUCUAUUUAUUUUAAAUGAUUACAAAUCUUAUAGUAAAUUGAGUGUUACAUUAGGAGAAGGACAGAAUGGAAAAGCAGAGAAAAUAUUAAGAGAUUGUUUGGAACAUGGACACACAUUGGAAUUUCUGAAUUGUUAAUAUGCCACUUCAUUUCUUAGUACAGUUGAAUAAAUUCUUGAAGAAAAUGAAAUUCAUCCUAAUUUUAAAUUAAUAUUACAAGCUAACAAUUGUAAAUAAUUUCCUAUUUCUUGGCUUAAUAGAUCAAUUAAAGUAGGAUAUUGUCAAGCAAUUAAUAUAAUCUAAUUAUUAACAGAUUAAAUUGGAUAAGAAGAUUAAUUAGAUCAUCCUUAUUUUUUUAGCUUAAAUCUUUUCUAAGCAAUAAAUAAUUUGAGAUAUACCUAUGGAUAUAGUACUCAUUAAUUUCAUGAAAGCGAUUUAAAAUUGGCUUUAUCAGAACAUUAACAGUUUUGUAAGGAACUUGUUUACUCUUCUCAAUUAAAUGAAAAUGAAUUAGAUCUGUUUAACAUUCUAUAUAAUAAAACAGUUUGUUAAUAAUCAUUAAGAGAAGGGUUUAUUUAUAUGGGAGGAGAACUUAAGAUGAUCAAAACUAAUAAAUAAGGAUAUUUAUAAUAUCUAAAAGAAUUGGGAUAAAUUAAUGAUUUUAAUUGUAUGGGUUUAAAUUCUAAUAUUCAAAUUAUUAUACAAACUGAAAUGAUGAAAAGAGUAUAACAAAAUAUUCAAUUGAUGUAAGGGAGUUUUAAAAAUAAUAAUUACAAUAUUUUAGAAUAAUUAGAGAAAUUGGAAAGAUAUACUCCACUGAAAUUAGGUGAAAUUAAGUAUGAAUAAAUUGCAGAUAGCUAUUAUUAACUUGAAAAGGAUUAAUUUAAUUACCUUAUUGAUAUUAUCAAAAAUGAUGUGAAAGCAAUUACAGCAUAUAUAAAAGGAGAAACUUUAAAUGAUAGAUUAGAGGAAAUUAUAAAUAAAUUAGAAUUAGAUUAGGUACCUCAAUAAUGGUUGGAAUUGAGUGAGAUAUAUAUCAAUAAAUUUACUAUAUGGCUAAAUAAGAUAUUUGAAAAGGGAUAGUUUUUUUCAAAAUGGAGUAGUUAGAAAUAUUUUAAUUUGAGUCAUUUUAAGAAUCCUAAACACUUUUUGAAUUUAAUUAAAUUUGAAUAUGCAUUAAAGCUUAAUUGUGAAAUAGAAGAACUAAUAUUCAAGUAGAUAUUUUUGAAGGAUCAUCAUUAAGAGAUAUAAACUAAACCAGAUUAAGGAGUUUAUAUUUAAGGUUUGAUCAUUCAAGGAGGAAAAUUUAAUGAUAUAACAAAAAAGUUGAAAGUCUUGGGGCAUCUAGAAUUUUAGAGUUAUUUACCUGUUUUACAUUUGAUACCUGUUAAAAAGAUAGAUUUAUAAAUUGGAAUGGUCUUUCAUUGCCCAAUUUUCAGAUUUGAAGAAUUAGUUGAAUACUUAUAUUUUGAAAGUUAGGAUCCAUUAGUUCUGGUGGCUGUGCAGAUUAAGCUUUUGUGA